AUGAUCCCCCUCGUGGCUAGCUCUGGUAGUGAUACAAUGGCUACUACUCUUGACUGCACUCCUGGCGACACUGACUACCUCAAGACAGUCCUACUCCGCCUCUACGCUCGUCUAGGCGAGGGAACUCUCACCAUUAAUGAAGGUUGUGAUGAUGGUAGACUGGCACUGAGGUUGUCUGAUGGAGGUGUCCUGUCAUCGUCCAAUGAGAUUUGUCGAUACCUGUGUGCGGAGGGUGGGCGUGAUGAUCUAUGUGGGGGGGACCCUUGUCGUCAAGCACUCGUUGAUUACUGGCUCGGCUGGGAGGCUGGACAACUGAAGAGCUGUGUCCGCUCUUCACUGGUGUCUGGUCGUCCAUCACAUGAUCUACUAGCGUGUCUCGGUCGACUAGAAGGUCAUCUCAAUACAGGAAGUGGGCGGAGUCUUGUUGGGGACCAGCCCACCCUGGCGGACAUUGUAGUAUGGUCUACACUCUACGUCCUGCUAGCCCCUGAUGCUCCAGACAGUUUCCAUGGUGACUACCCUCGGGUGUGCAGUUGGUUCAUAUCGCUAGCUCAGCUUGAAGAGUUCACAACCUCUGUAUGGAAGGCGUCCUCUGAUAGAGGGUACGACCUCUUCAGGACCAUCACCCUUCGUCUAGGGGGGGCUCGGAACACUCCAAUUAGUGCACACCCUCCACCCGUCAAAAGUGCACCAGUUAACAAGCCAGUACACAAACCAGACACACCUGCUGAUUCAUCAGCUGAUCAUGUGAUUACUGCCGCUGAGUGUGCGGAGGUUAAAAGGGUGUGGUCUCACGGUCUAAACCACGCCCCCAGACCUGUCAAGAGAGACCAUCCAAUACUACCAUUACCAGGAGAGCGGAACAUUCUCAUAACCAGUGCUCUACCUUACGUCAACAAUGUCCCUCACCUUGGUAACAUCAUCGGCUGUGUGCUCAGUGCUGACGUCUUUGCAAGAUACUGUCGACUAAGGAACUACAACAUUCUCUACAUAUGUGGUACUGACGAGUAUGGGACAGCUACAGAGACUAAAGCUCUCGAGGAGGGAAUUUCCCCUCAGGAGAUAUGUCAGAAGUACCACGACAUCCACGUUGAGAUCUACAAGUGGUUCAACAUCCAGUUUGAUCACUUUGGUCGUACCAGUACCCCCCAACAGACUCAGAUAGCGCAGGACAUUUUCUGGCGACUCAAAGAGAGAGACUUUAUUUCCGAAGAGACGGUUGAACAAUUGCAGUGUCAGCAGUGUAACAUGUUCUUGGCCGAUCGUUUUGUAGAAGGAAUUUGUCCGUUUUGUUCAUACGAGGACGCCCGCGGUGACCAGUGUGAUAAGUGUGGAAAGCUCAUCAACGCAAUCGAUCUAAAGUCACCGCGUUGUAAGGUGUGUUCCCGAAAACCAAGGGUCAUGACCUCUGACCACCUCUUCCUGGACCUCUUCAAGCUUGAGAAGUCUGUUGAUGAGUGGUUCCAGAGCUCGUCUAAGAAAGGACUGUGGUCUGUUAAUGCUGAGCAGAUUACUCGCUCGUGGUUGAGGGACGGACUCAAGCCUCGCUGCAUCACCAGAGACCUCAAGUGGGGCACGCCCGUCCCUCUGCAAAGAUACACUGACAAGGUCUUCUACGUCUGGUUUGAUGCUCCUAUAGGGUACCUGUCCAUCACUGCGUGCUACACUGAUCGCUGGGAGGAGUGGUGGAAGUCACCUGAGAAUGUGCAGUGCUAUCAGUUCAUGGCUAAGGACAACGUUCCCUUCCACACGGUCGUGUUCCCUGCAUCUCUGUUGGGGGCAGAUGAUCACUUUACUCUUCUCAACCAUAUCAGUGCCACAGAGUAUUUGAACUAUGAGGACGGCAAGUUCUCCAAGAGCCGAGGUGUGGGUGUGUUUGGGACCAACGCUAAAGACACGGGCAUACCAGCUGAUAUCUACCGCUUCUACCUCCUCUACGUGAGGCCAGAGUCUCAAGACAGCUCCUUCAGUUGGGACGACUUUGUCACCAAGAACAACUCUGAGCUACUCAACAACCUCGGGAACUUUGUCAACAGAGUCCUCAUGUUCAUCAAGAAUAACUUUGGAUGUACCAUUCCUGAGAUGUCACUGACAGAUGGGGAUAUAGAGUUUGUUGCCAUGGUGACCCGAGAGCUUAGAGGCUACCUCAACUGUCUGGAGAAUCUGAAGAUCCGAGAUGGAUUGCGACACAUACUAGCAAUCUCUCGCCAUGGCAACGUGAUGGUACAAGGAGCUAAGCCGUGGGUACUAGUGAAGGGAACACCACAGGACAAAGCUCGAGCUGGGUGUGUGUUGGGAGUGUGUGCCAAUGUUGUGUGCCUCCUGUCAGUCAUGCUACAACCCUACAUGCCACAAGUUAGUCGUCGUAUUCAAGAACAGCUGCAGGUAUCCGAGGGUGUGAAUGUGCUCACAGAUAAUCUCCUCCCACACAUUCAACCAGGACACAGGAUUGGAACACCAGAGCCACUGUCCACCCUCGUGUGUGUGUGUGUGUGUGUAGCCAGAGCCACUGUCCACCCUUGUGUGUGUGUGUGUGUGUGUGUGUGUGUGCGUGUGCGCGUGUGCGUGUGCGUGUGCGUGUGCGUGUGCGUGUGUGUGUGUGUGUGUGUGUGUGUGUGUGUGUGUGUAGCCAGAGCCACUGUCCACCCUCGUGUGUGUGUGUGUGUGUGUGUGUGUGUGUGUAGCCAGAGCCACUGUCCACCCUUGUGUGUGUGUGUGUGUGUGUGUAGCCAGAGCCACUGUCCACCCUCGUGUGUGUGUGUGUGUGUGUGUGUGUGUAGCCAGAGCCACUGUCCACCCUCGUGUGUGUGUGUGUGUGUGUGUGUGUGUGUGUGUGUGUGUGUGUGUGUGUGUGUGUAGCCAGAGCCACUGUCCACCCUCGUGUGUGUGUGUGUGUGUGUGUGUGUGUGUAGCCAGAGCCACUGUCCACCCUUGUGUGUGUGUGUGUGUGUGUAGCCAGAGCCACUGUCCACCCUUGUGUGUGUGUGUGUGUGUAGCCAGAGCCACUGUCCACCCUUGUGUGUGUGUGUGUGUGUGUAGCCAGAGCCACUGUUCACUAA